GUGAUCUGUUGAAGUACUUAAAGUGAGAGAGAGCGUGAGUGGACGAUAGAUGGAGGAAGCCAUUGGAAAGAGUGAGGAGGUGCGGAGAGGUGGAUGAAGAACACAACAGCAGAUGGAGUGAGUGGCAGGAGGCCGGGGGAGGAAAGAGAAGGACUUUAAAAACCCUAAAAGAGGGCAAAGAGACGGAGAGAGAGAGGGGGCUGAAGAGAGAGAGAGGGGCGGUGGUUGGUGGAUUAAGUCGUGUUAGAGAGGAUUACUGUCUGUUUUGGUUUGGUAGUAAAAUCACAUCCGUGUCAGUCACACACAGAAACAUCAGCAGAGACUGAGAACUGUGGAGACCAUCACCAUGAGACAAGCAAUGGAGGACGGUGUCAGCGAGGUGUUGUCCAGUGUGGUGGAUGAUGUGGGCGAAGCCAUCAGCAGAAACGUCGGCGGUGCUCAGCUGCUCCGUGACCUCCUGACGGCCCCGUGGCUGAGCUCCCUGCUGAAGAUGUACGAGUGCCUGUUGCAGUUCCAGAGGUCGACGCCCAGCCCCUUUCUGCCUUACGCCUCAGGCCUUUCUCACCAGAUCAUGACUGAGAUCCACAGAGUUCACCGUCCAUCAGCUGAGGCCAGAGAACUGUACAGUCUGCUGAGGUGUCCUCACCUGCAGGCUCUCCUGUCUUCCCAUGACAGCGUGGCUCAGUCAGAUUAUGGACCUGUCUUACCGCCGCUGCCUGACGAGUUACCUGAGGAUGAGGAGGCCAUGAGGAUCGUGUGUCUGGUGAAGAACAACCAGCCGCUGGGAGCGACGAUAAGGAGGGACGAGGAGACCGGAGGGAUCUACAUCGCCAGAGUGAUUCAUGGAGGACUGGCCGACCGCAGCGGACUCCUCCAUCCUGGUGAUCUGGUCGUGGAGGUGAACGGUAACCCGGUGCUGGGUCUGGAGCCGGAGCAGGUCAUCCAGAUCCUGAUCAAUUCUCAGGGAACGAUCCUGUUUAAGGUCGUUCCAAACGCAGCUCAGAGCAGCAGCAGCCACAUGUCGGUGUACAUGAAGGCCAUGGUGGACUACUGCCCCCUGCAGGACUCCUCCAUCCCGUGUCCGGAUGCAGGGAUGGCGUUCAGCAGAGGAGACCUGCUGGAGGUGGUGGACCAGUCGGACGGACGGUGGUGGCAGGCCAGGAAGCUGCCGUGCUCGGUGUCCUGUGCUGGACUCAUUCCCUCUGCCAGCAUGUUGAAGAGUAAACAGAGGGAGCAGUGGUGGAGUCAGCCCCUACCGGGCCACAGCUGCAUCCGGCCCUUGACGCUGGCUGAGAACGAGGACGAGGCUGAGGACAAACGCACCCUCACAGAUGUGGAGGAACUGAAUUUUGAUGAGGCUGAUUCUGAUGUCACUGAUGGAAUCUACCUGGCUGGUUUCCGUCGUACUUUCCGUCUGUGGAGGAGAACGUCCUUCAGGAGGAGACGACAGUCCUGCACCUCCUGCUCCCCCAACAGCAGCACUCUGUCCACCCCUUAUGAGGAGGUGGCUCUGUACCAGCGCCCCCCGCAGGAGAACCACCGCCUCAUCAUCCUCGUUGGGGCCUCAGGAGUCGGAGUCAGUGAACUGAGGAAGAGACUCAUCAAACUGAACCCGUCGACCUUCCAGGGACCCGUACCUCACACCACGCGUCCAAUCAGAGCGGGGGAGCAGACAGGAAGAGAGUACCACUUUGUCACCAAAGAGUUGUUUGAGUACAUGGUCUGUAACCACAGGUUUGUGGAGUACGGUGAAUAUAAAGCUCACCUGUACGGGACGAGCACUGACGCCAUCGAUGACGUGCUGAAACGGGGACGAAUGUGCAUCGUCGAUGUGGAACCACAUAGCGUCCAGCCGCUGAGGACGAGAAAACUGAAGCCUUACGUGAUUUUCAUCAAAGUCCCCGACCCAGACAGACUGAGACAGACGAGGAGAGACGCCCGACUCAUCACCAACUGCACCAUCAACAGAGCUUUCACGGAGGACGACUUCGUGGAGCUGGAGGAGACGUCCCUCACGAUGGAGGCAAAGUACAAACAGUUGUUCGACAGCGUGCUGGUGAACGAGGAGCUGCAGGACGCCUGCAUGCAGCUGUGCUCCAUCGUCCAACAGGCUCAGAACGAACCUCAGUGGAUUCCUGUGAGCUGGAGCCGGCCAGAGGCCUAGAGCGGAAUCAAGGGGGGAGGAUUUAAAGGGAAGGUGAGAGGGAGGAAGGAGGAGGAGGUGAUGGAGGAUAGACGAGGAGGAGCUGAGGAGAGAGGAGAGGAAACUGAUGAUUCUCUGUAGGUACCACAGCUGCUUUACGUGCAGUAAUUGAGUAAAUGUACUUAGUUACUUUCCACUAUUGACACUCGACCACUCGAGACGUUUAUGACACAGAAACCUUUCUGUGGAACUCGUGGACCUGCAGACGUCUCAGUGUCUCACCAAAGCUUCACCACACGACUGUUUCUCUGUCUCACACACUCUCAUGGCUUCAUCCGACAAUAACAGUAAAGUUGUUUCAAGAAAAACAUAAUGCUCAAUAAUGCUCAAAUGACCAAAAGAAGCACAAACAAAUGACAUUUUAAUGAGGAGAACGUCCAGUAUGACAUAAACAGGAAACAAAAAGUGACCUAAUCUCUAUUUGACUCUGGAAUAAUGCAGAUGUUCCUGAAUGUCACUGUGUGUAGUUUAAAUGAAAUGUCGUAUAAGACUCUACAUUAUAACUGUUCCUUAUGAGAUGCUGCUGAUCUCAUUGAUCAGUACAUCUGUCCUGGAUUUCAGCUCAUCAGUCAAUGAUGAUCAUGUAGAAUAUCUUAAAUAUCUUUAAACCUUGUGACAUGUUUUGUGCAGAGUGAAAGUGAGCGUCCCCCGUGUUCCUCAGGUUAAGCCUGUGCAGGCAGAUGCAGCUCAGCAGCAGAUUCA